AUGACAGGUAAUGACAAUGACAGACAACUUGGUGGCAGAGUGACAAGACGAACAAUUACAAAUUACAAUACAAUGAUAGAUAAUGGAUAAUUAAAAGAUUACAAAUUCAUAUUGUAAAUAAAGAGGGAGAGGCGUCCCAUUACAUCCCAUCCCUUAGAAGAGAUAUUCAGCAAGACCUGCUUGAAGUGAUGGAUUUACUAAAAACACCUUCCGUUCAGUCAUUAUUAGACUCGGAUCUGGAAUCAGUUGAAAGUCUUCAAUAUUUGGAUAUUGAAGAGUUGGAUGAGAUUGAAUAUGCAUUGCCAGCAAGUGAAGCUCCAACAUUAGCCGAGGUAUUGUCUACUGAAGAGGAAGAGGUCAAACCCAAAGAAACAAAAUAUAUUGAGGAUCCAGCAGCUUGCUCUGCAUUACAAGUAGAAUUCUUACAAGGCAUAUCACAACAGCUUUUACAAGCACAGGAGAGGUCAUCAGCUGGAGCUGCAACAGCACUGAGUGUUGGCACAGAAGCUAAAUUAACUGUGGGAACUGCACAUGGCCACCUACUGUCUUUUCAUGAGCAAACAUUAAGAUGGGUCUGUGAUUUAAAUACUGAUCGGGGAGCAGUAUCAUGUUUAGCUUACAAUGAAGACUGCACACGACUUCUUGCUGGAUAUGCUAGAGGACUUAUAUGUCAAUACGAAAGUCUACGUGGAACUAUACUGAGACGCGUCACUCUGGGUGGAGAGUUAUGGGGCACAUUGCGUGUCACUUGGGCGGGCACUUCAGGGCUGGCUUUGGAUACAGGCGGUUCUGUAUGGCUGAUCAAAUUUUCCCGGCCCUUAGGAGUUCGAUCAGCACGAUCCUCUUGCCUAUUCUCUGGAGCACGAGGAGAAGUAGUAGCGAUGGCGGCGCGUGACGCCCGUAUUUUAGCACUGGCCACAUUGUCGAGGGUUAUUAUAGUUGCUGGGGGUCGGGCAGCGGGAUUACGCCUCACCGGACCUCCGGACACGCUCCCGGUCUUAGAGUGGAGCGAAACGGACGAUAGAGUGCUGGUAUGUGGUCGUGCUAAGACACUGCAAUGGCUAUCAUUGACUAUUACUGGAUCAUCCAUAUCUCUUAAACCUAUCCAGAGAGUCGAAUUAAAGGCAACUCCUUUAUGGCUGGGUUGGCUAGGCGGUAAUCUUGCUAUUUUCGACGCUGAUGAGAAUCUAAGAUUGUGGGGAGAUGAUUAUGAUAAACCCCUGGAUCUUUCGCAUAUGGAACCAGUAUACGCAUCAGCCUUUUUCAAGGGUCACUGGACGGACGGGCGCGUGUCGCGCGCGAUGUGCCGUGCGGGCGGCAGCGCGCUGGGCGGCGCGUGCGCGCGGUCGGGCUCGCUGGCGCUGCUGGGGCGGCGCGGCGUGGCGCGCGUGCGCGUGCGACAGCUGCUGGCGCGCGCGCAUGCGCUCUUCGCCUCCGGCCGCCACCUCAAUGCCAUGCGCCUGCUGUGCUCCACUCAGGGACCUGAAGCCGAAACAUUAGCUUAUCAGUUCAUAGACAAUCUAUCAGAAAGACCUCACAUCCUGAGUAAUAAGCAAGUUGCAGACCAAGCGGUUAAGGUGUGCUUGAAAUAUAACUUAGGGGAAGAACUAUGGAAUCGUUUAUGGGAACAUUGCUCCGAGGAAGAAGCCUUCGUAGAAGCAAUAGGCGACGCAGCUGCUCGCGGCGAGUUAUCUUCAGCUGAGCUAGCGCCGUCACCGGAUUCCACACAAGCAUUGAUCGAGAGGUUGGCUGAUUUCGAGCCGGCUCUUAUAGAACGCGUCAUAGCGUCGUUGCCGUUGACGGCUAUCGACCCGCACCGCGCGAGCGUGUUCACCAGGGAGAGAGGAUUGUGGAGAGCCGUCGGCGCCAUUGCCGCAGCACUCGGCGGCGGGGGCGGCGCGAUGCGCGCGCUGGCGCGGGCGGCGGAGGCGGCGCGGGCGGCGGAGGCGGCGCGGGCGGCGGGCGCGGCGCGGUGCGCGCGCGGCGCAUGCGCGGGCUGCGCGCUGGUGGUGGCGGCGGCCGACGCGCUGGCGGGCCGCGGCGCCGCCGGCCGCGCGCUGCCCAGCCACGCGCGCCCCUCCGCGCGCCACGACGCGCUGCAAGCCAUGCUCGACACUCAGGAUGAAAUCGGAGGGCGAUCACCGCUGAAGGUGAUGGUAGAACAUGACGCGGCCUCGGCGGUCCGGCUCCUGGAGCAGAGUGCACGGGAUCCACCAUUUGUCGGACCCCUUGGGAAACAGAACAAACUGAGGGUUGCCCGUGCCUUACUUACUUUUGCGCGAGAUUUACCGGAAGCCGAAGACCGCGUAGAAAUAUUGGAAUUUUUAACAGGGCAAUUAAAUUCAGGCGCACUCCCGUCCGACCAAGAUGUAAUAAGUAGCCUUCGAGAGCUGGCGGCGAUCACUAACUGCGAGCGAGCCGACCGCGCGUGGCUCGUGCUGCUGACCCGCGGCCGCGCGCAGCCCGAGCUGCUGCUCGAGCAGUACGCCGCCGCCGACCAGCGCCCGCGCGUGCUCUGGCGCAUAGAUGCCAUGCUGGCGCGACAUCAAAACGCACUCGACCAGUUCUUUAAUAUCGUAUCGCCGUCUAAUGCCGACAUAGAUGAACUUUUCGAUUACCUUCAAAAUCUGGUGGAGUCAAAUGAAGAUGCGUCAAAAUCAUUGGAAACAUAUCUUCCGGCAUUGAUAAAACUAAGACCGCGUGCGGCGGCCUGCCUUGCAGGCGAACGCCUUUCUGACUUCAAUCAAAUCUUGAAAUCGAUUUCUGACGAACAAAUAAUUGAAUUUGGUCAAAGUCUUCUGGAGGCGGGACAUCUGCGUGAUGAAGCUGCCGCUGCACAUUUGCGCAACCUUUGUCGAAAAUGUCCAAAUCGGGUGCGAUCAUUUCUAGCCGAUAAUGUCGGCCUCGUACGUCCAGAAGAGGCGCUGGCUAUUGUCCGCGUAGAAGGUCCUCCUGAAGCCGAACCGUCGUGUCUCGAGGCGGUAGGGGACCCGAGCGCGGCUCUGGACGCGAUCCUCCGUCUGGCCGCCGCAACCGACGACGAUCAGAUCUGCUCGCGCUUGGUGACCGAGGGCGGCGAGCUGUGCGCGCGGGCCGCGGCCGCGCUGCCGCCCUCCGCGGCGGCCGACAUGUGGGCGCGCCUGCUGCGUAGCGCGCGCUCCCCGCCGCCCGCGCUGCUGCUGGAGGCCGCGGCCUACGUGCCCGUCGCCGACACGCUGCGCGCCGCCUGCGAGCCGCGCGUGGCGCUGGCGGUGCUGGCGUGCGCCGCCAGCCGGCGCGCCGCGUGGCAGAGCACGGCGCGGGCGGCGGCGCGCGAACACGAGCGGCUGGCGCGGGCGCUGGCGGCGGCGCGGCGCGGGCUGGCGGUGCGCGGGCGCUGCGUGCGCUGCGGGCGGCGGCUGAGCGAGCGGCCGGCGGCGCGCACGGGGCACUGCGGCCGCGCGGUGCACGCGGACUGCGAGGCGGAGGCGAGCUGCGGGGCGUGCGGGCGCCGCGCGCCGACGGACGAGCUGACUCUGGCGCCGCGCGCGCCCCGCCGCCGCUCGCCUCCGCCGCAUGGUUUCGAAUUAGUUUUAGUAGCUCCGCCGCGACCUGACCUCGAGGGUACAUAGACAUAAGCAAUUUUCUAUUUACGAUCAGUAAAAGAACAGAAAAUCAACCUUCCUCCUAAUCUGUUUUAAAUUACGUCGGAUUUGUGUACCCAUUGUAUGUAUGCAUAAAAAAUUAUAACUGCGCCAAUUGACUCCGUGGGGAGGGGAGGAGGGGUCACCGCAAACUAUACUCACAAUUUGAUCAUUAGGUAUUAUACAGAAUUUACCUAUUAGUGUUACUUAUAUAAUAAUAAAACAGAAUAUUAUAU